CAUAUAAAGCAUGUGAACACAGCACAGACUUUGCACACUAUUCCCUUGUGACCUUACCUCCCUCAUAAAGCAGACACACCACUUCUGUUUCCCACCCUUGUGACUUACCUCCAUUGCCAUUAAAGUACAGGAGAGAGUUUCAGUUUCAGACCUUCCAAGAUGAAAUACAGUACACCUACAUUGGGUUUCUUAGCUUUCUGGCUUCUUCUCCUAUGCCCUUAUUUUUCUGCUUCAGAUGAUGGAAUAUUAUAUGAUUUUACAGCUUAUAGAGAGUGUAAAGACCAACCUGUGAAGCCUCUCUACAAUGGGGGGAUUCUCAAAGACAAGGGUCCUGUUGACAGGCAAAGUGUUGGAGAGUAUGCAACGAGUGAUUAUUCACCGGCUUUUAUAUUGCACAAUCUCACUCAGGGCACCAUAUAUUGCUUCUCAAGCUGGAUAAAAAUAGAGGGUGCAGAUUCCGCUCCUGUACGAGCGAGCUUGAUGAUGAACAAUGCCACCGUAUACGAUUGUAUAGGAUCUGUUUUGGCUAAAAGUGGAUGCUGGUCAUUUCUAAAAGGGGGUUUUGUUCUUGAUUCACCAUCAAAGUUAUCCAUACUAUACUUUCAGAGUUCAUACGGUAAAGAUGUUAAAAUAGCAGUUGCGAGUUCUUCAUUACAGGCAUUUAGUGAUCAAGAAUGGAGAACAAAUCAACAGUACAUAAUUAACACUAAAAGAAAACGCGCUGCAACGAUUCAUGUGGCAGAUAGCAAUGGAGAUACACUACAAGGAGCAACCAUUACGAUAACACAAGUCGCAAAAGACUUCCCUUUUGGAUCUGCAAUUGCCAGUACCAUUCUUGGAAAUGGGGCUUAUCAGAAAUGGUUCGCUAAGCGAUUCAAUGCAGCGGUAUUUGAAAAUGAACUGAAAUGGUAUGCAACAGAACCCCAACAAGGGAAUAUCAACUACACAAGAGCAGACCAGAUGAUGGAAUUUGUUAGAUCAAACCAAAUAAUUGUAAGAGGCCACAAUAUUUUCUGGGAAGACCCAAAGUACAUACCAGCAUGGGUUCGUAAUCUUACAGGUCCUGCACUAAAAUCAGCAGUCCAAGAACGGAUACAAAGCCUGAUGUGCAAAUACAAAGAAGAGUUCAUACACUGGGAUGUCAGCAAUGAAAUGCUUCACUUUGAUUUCUACGAGCAGAAUCUGGGCCCGAAUGCUACAUUGAACUUCUACGAGACAGCACAUAAAUCAGACCCAUUGGCGACGUUGUUUAUGAACGACUACAAUGUGGUGGAGACUUGCAGUGAUGUUAAAUCCACAGUUGACAACUUCAUUUUGAGGCAAAGAGAACUUGAACUUGGCGGAGUAUCAAUGGAUGGAAUUGGCUUAGAGGGUCAUUUUGCAAAGCCUAAUCUUCCUCUCACAAGGGCAAUUCUUGACAAAUUGGCCACACUUGGGCUUCCAAUCUGGCUAACUGAGGUUGAUAUUAGCAGUAACUUUGAUAAGCAAACACAGGCUGUGUACUUGGAACAAGUAUUAAGAGAAGGGUUUUCACAUCCUUCUGUGAACGGGAUAAUGCUUUGGACUGCACUUCAUCCUAAUGGGUGUUACCAAAUGUGCCUAACCGAUAAUGAUCUGCAAAACCUGCCUGCCGGUGACACGGUCGACAAGCUCUUAGAGGAAUGGGAAACUGGGGACAUUGCGGCUCAGACAGAUGAACAUGGUUCACACAGCUUUCUUGGUUUCUUAGGUGAAUACAGAGUUACUGUCAAAUAUGGAAACGGUACUAAAAAUUCAACUUUCUCGCUCUGUUCAGGCCGAGAAACUAAACAUUUUAGUAUUCAGCUGUAGGCAACAUACAGAGUUACAGAUACAACAAGCAACUGAAUGAGCUUAGGUUCAGCAUUGAAGUUCUCCAUUUUAUGCUGAUGCCACUGGUGUCUAGAAACAACAAAUAUAUGAUGUGUAUGAAGGUCCUUUGACCCUUCUACAUCAUGUACCCAAAUGAAAAAAGUGUCAGCAAACAAAUGAUCCCACCGGUUAACUUCAUUCCUUAUGCACUGAACAUGCAAAGAAUCACAACAUUCAAGUUAUCAAAUCCACCUUCCCCUUCCUCUUCUUCCUUCCGUAAAGAAUGUAGAGCAAAUUAGAAAAAUAAAACAUGAACAAUGCAAUCACUUCAGAAAAAACAGGGAGAGCACAAUCUCAUAUAUCGAAUCUACAUGAGUGAAAGGACUAAAGCCUUUGUUUUUGAACAACCCAAUAGAACAACAAACAAACAGAAGAUCAUAAGGAAAGGAUCAAACCAGCAUGUAUAUAAUUCUGUGUUAUCAACACUUGAUUACAGAGAGAGCUCACAAAAAAGCAUUUUCACCAUCUACUACUCAUCUCUUACUUCAACAAAAGCCAUGCCAUAACCCAUAAAAGUUCAAACGAUCCGAUUAAAAGCCUAAGAAACCAAAUCAAAAAUAAAGACCCAACAAUAACAAGAUAAUCCUUGAAAGCAACAAAAAAAAAGGCCAAACAUAAUAC